GUGUUUCGUCUCGUCGAGUUGGUUCCGAGUCGGAUAGCUGACGCUACAUGUGUUUUGCUGACGGUGUGAAAUCGUUAAUUACGCGAGUGUUAAUAAAUUUGAUAGCGCUACAAUAUUUUUUUGUAAUUUCUAGUGUUCUCAAAUAAAAAUGUGUGCGUCAAAACGAUUUAACGCGAGCGCAAAGACAGCGUAUCUAGGGAAUUAAAAAAAAAAACGACUUGGAAAGUUGUGACUCGUUUGCUGUGAAUUAAUUCAAAAGUUCGCUUGUACCGUGAUUUAUUUGUUAUUACACAGUGAUUUUAUGUGAAAAUGCGAAGAAUUUAUCGUACUUUAAUUGAUCUAUCACUAUGGUGUUUUGUGAUGUAUCUAGCGACAUUCCUGCCGUGCAUCGAGAUGCGGGUUGAUGACUUCGACCAGCCCGCACCCAGAGAGCAACCUCCACCGCCGACAGUUCGCCCGGAGCCGAUAGAACAGUACUUAAAUCUGGGAAUAUGCUUCCAUAUGAAUCGUUCGUCUUGCCCGCCGAAGGGCGUCUGCACGACGCUAGGACCCGGCAACAUGUCCGUCUUCUGCUGCGAUAUGGACACUAACUUCUUGAAGGAGUUUCUGCCUGGUAUAUUGAAACAGAAUAAGACUCAUCUACACGUGCUGAAUGCGACCAUCGAUGAGCUGGACGUCUCCCACUCCAUGUUCAGAAGACUUACGUCAAUGGCGUUUACCGACGGAAAUAUCAGUAAAAUUAUUGGUCAGUUCCCGAAGCAUUCAGCGCUGGCCUGUUUCAACAUAUCCAACAACAACUUGACGAGCGACAAGCUGCAGUCUUCGAUUCAGAGGCCGUUCGCGUAUCUCUUUAACCUGACGGUCCUGGAUGCCUCAGCGAACAACCUCACAAAGUUCCCGCUGAGUUUGGUCCACAGCAACAGGAACAUCUCUGUGGAUUUGGCAGGUAACAACUAUCUGCCGUGCAAACACUUCCAGAAAGUGAUGGAGACGACCAACAGCUCUCUUGUUCACUUCCUCCAGUACAACAAGACCUUCUGCGCUUUGGAUCUCAGCUUCAACUGGUUCAAAGACGUCAGCUUCGUGAACAUAGACCUUAUUAAAAUACAGAAAAUGAUGAAUGAGAGAUGCCGCGAGAUAAUACCAGCUGACAUCAACUGCACCUGCGCCCCGGAGCGCCUGGAGAUCAUCGAGAACGAGGUCACCAACCUGGUCUCGGUGGACUGCGCCGAGAGGCAGCUCAAGGAGAUGCCGACAAAUCUGCCGCCCAAUACUGUCAAGUUGAACGUGUCUUUCAAUAAUAUAACAUCUCUUGAGGCGGUUGGCGCGGAUGAGAGCUACGGACAUCUGCGGCAGCUGAUCGUGGACUACAACGACAUUCCGAAUAUUCUAGAACUCGAGGGAACGAAGUUCAUCGGGAAUUUCAUGCUCUUCUCGAUCGCACAUAACAAACUGAAGACUAUACAUACGUACGUCUUGUCAAAUAGUUUUGAAACGACCGGACCUGCUUUGUCUAUAGCGGGAAACUUCAUUCACUGCGACUGCAACACCGAGAAGACAUUGAAGCCAUGGCUAUUAGAAAAUUUCAAGAGCGUACCGGAUUACAAAAGCCUGGAAUGCCAGGAUGGGCUAGGGCCGGUGGUGGACCUGGUGGAAUCUCGCGUCUGCCACACGCCCAGAGAUUGGACAGACUACAUUUACUACAUUAUAGGCCUAGAAGUGUUAGUUUUAGUGCUUCUAAUCAGCAAAGUAUCUUAUGACUAUUGGGUUUUCAAGACGGCUGGUUAUUUGCCGUGGCCUGCGAAUAAAAUGCCGAGGUUGCCGUGUGAUUGGCUCUGCGAGUGAGGGAGAUUGAGGCUAAGCUAAAUAGGAUACUCAUGGGACUUGUACUUUGAUCAGCAACGUUCAUUAACGCUCUGGUAGAGCAGUUGAAGUCACAUGAAAAUCGAAGCCUAAUUUUUAUAGUCGACCAAAAUUUUAAGUACUUUAUCUCUUAGAGAUAGGCUUUGUUUUGUCACUGUCAGGAGAACUAGCGAGAAGGCUAUUCCAUAAUGCAAUGGUUCACUGAGAUUUGAUAAAAAAAUCAGUGACGCGCGGGUGUGGCUGAGCAACCAUGUAGAAUCCAAUGUCCAUAGCAGCUAUCCAUUGAUGACAAAUAGUGUGGCUCUAUGACUCAUGUGACAUCUGCGAAUCUUGUUCCCAAAUAUGGUUUAGAAUUCGUUUAGCUGAAUAAAGCGUCAUAGAUCUUUGUCGAUUUUCGUUUUUUAUAAAAACGUAGUAAUAUGUACUUUAUUUGAUUUUGUAUUUGUGAUAUCAAUUGUUUUUUGAAAUAUGUCUGAUACGUUUCAAAGAUGUGUGUUUUGUUAAAUAAAUGACGUUAGGACCAAAUAGAUUGGGCCUAUUGCAAAUUUCAUUACUACAGUUGGUUCUUAGCUGUAAGUUCACUGGCAUAACAUACGCUUACAGUGAAAUUCAGAUUUGAUUCACUGGCCGGCUAUUUCCGUAGUGAAACAGCUGUGGGGAUGUUAUAUUUAAAGCUGGUUAGCCGAAACCCUCUGCCAUUAAAAGUAGUAACAAGUGCAAAAAUGUAGAUUAGACAAAAGCCGAUAAAUUACCUGUUUAGGUUUUUUUCUUCAAAAUUAUGGCAAACGUUAAUUUUCCAACGCACUGUAAUCGAAUGUAUCCAUAAAAAAGCCAAAUCGACUUUAAAAUCUUCCAGAAACACACUGAUCUGAACAUAAUUUAUGGUUAUUUCGCCACGCACAAUGCCCGCACACAUAAAUCUGGGAUUUAGUUGUCCAAACUGUGUCAACAUCAGUGAGCUUCUUCGAUAUUUUAAUUAGAAAUUCUUAGACAUGGACAUUGUUUUUCUAUCGUUCAAACUUAUGUGUGAUAUUUUGUGAUUUAUCGUUUUUUUUUGUCACUUUUCGAUGGCUAUCUGAGACCCUAUAACGGCAACGUAUAAGAACCUGUUCGUUGCAAAGCGUUUUUUAAAGAAAUUAUCUUGUCCUAAAUUGUUGUUGUACUUUAAAAGUUUAAUUAGUAUUUAAAGAAGCCGACUUAUAUUACGCAUUUCAUAGUAAGUUAUCGAAAUUAUAAAAAUGGAAUAUCGUUAGACUUAAACCUAAGGCUUAAUGUUAUGUUGUUUAUAAAAAUAGAGGUUAGUUAUGACAAAUAACAUUUAACAUAAAUUAAACUAAAAUCUUGAUUCAGUGAUUCUUAAAAAUAUUAUUUAAUCGGAAUUACAAAAUUACAGAUUCGAUUUAGUUUGUAGAAAAAUUAUUUCAUUAUUAUUUCAUUAAUUUAUUAUUGUUGACAACUUUGUAAGGAGGCAAAAUUUACAUUAGAAGUUAAGUAUAUUAUGUAAAUAUUAUUUGUUGUUUAGUUAAUAAGAAUUGUUUUAUUUCUUUCUUUAAAAAAAUGUUUUUUUUUACCAGCCAAUUGGGGGCUUUAUUGUUAGGGUAUUUUACUUAUAUUGUCAUUAACGAUAAAAAUUGUGAUGUUAAGUAUCGCCUUAUGUAUCAUGCAUAGUGAGAGGAAACUAAAAAUCGUGUAAACCGCAAGUUCCGUUAUUUUUUUGUUUAAAACUUUGCAAGCUUUACUUUAUCUCGUGUUUUUCCAAAAAAUACAACUAAGUUUCACUUUUCCUACCAUUUAUUGAGAAAUUGUUAUUAAAAAACUAAAAUAUUAUUAUGAAGAAUCAAAGUAAAAUACGUGUCAGUGCGAAAUACUCUGGUAGUUUUCCAAUGACAGCACAAGAGCGCAUUAUGCGGCAUAAUGCUCAACGUUGAAUGUUCCAACUACAGCAACGCUUCGCACAAUCGAG